AUGACGGCGGAAGAAAAGCAGAGAAUAAGUUUGAAGGACAGAUUGCAGAAUGUGAUUGAGAGCAAUAUCAGACUGGAAAAUAGAGCAAAAGCUGGAGAAGUAGCUAUUGAAAUCGUUAGAAAAGAUCAUUUGUUGGAAUUGAACAGAAUCAAAGUCUUCUAUGAAAGUGAGAUGUGUGAAGCCAGAAGACUUUUGGAUGACCAAGCAGACGAACAUCAUCGCGAGCAAAUGAAAACAGCUAACCUCAAAAGAGAACUGGAAGCAUUGAGAAAGCUCAAUGGCGAAACAGAGAAAACAUUGGAAGUUGUUAAAUCUGCGCUUAAAAGUAGCGAAGACCGUUUUGAGCGAACAAAUCUUAAUCUUACUCAAAAAACACGUGAAGCAAAGCAGCUUGAGGAAGAUGUUAAACGUCUUACGAAAGAAAAUUCAGACUUGAGUGGCAAAAUAACAGUUCUGAAUGCACAACUUUCUACCUCAUCGACUGAACUGCAUGCAACUAAAAAUAAGCUUCAAAGUGCAGAGGAGAUGGCUGCAAUGAAAAAUCAGCUUCUGGAAGAUUUUAUCGCGCUCAGAAAGAACCAAGAAGCUGAGCGAAUUGAACGUUGUGAAACUCAUCCCACAUUGCAGCCGACUGAGGAGUUAGCAGAAAGCUUUAGAAAUGAGAUUCUGCAGAUACAGGAGAAUGAGCAAAAGAGAAAGAAUGAAUACGAAAUGGAAAUCAAAAACUUGAAGAAACAGGUUUCAGAUUAUAAAGCGGACGCUUCAGCAAAUCACUCAAAAUUUGUGAUUGCAGAGAAAAAAAUUGCUUCAGCAGAGGAGCAGCACAAGAAUGAGCUUCUGCAACUGGAAGAAGAGAAUCGCAAAAACCUAAUUGAAAUUGAAAAACUGAAAGAUAAUCAAGCAGAGUCACAACAGGCGAUUUCUGAGCGUGAUUUGGAAAUCAAAAAGUUGAACAAAAUCGCAGAUUCUCUCCAAGAAAGUGACAUCAAGAAGGAACUCACAACGUUCGAAAGUCUGCUGAAAACAGAAGAAGACCGCCUCGGAAUCGCCUCUCGAAAACGUCCGGCUGAACAAGUUGAAGAUAACGACAGCACAGAUGAGAGUGAUGCAAAGAAAAACUGUUCAAUUAUGUAG